UGAAGUACAUACACGUCAACUCAUCUCACGAUCCCGUCCAACACUCGUUCACGUGACAGGCACCCCAUCGUUCCAUUUUUUUUAUCAUCUCGAUAAUUUUUUCCCUCUGCACUUUCACCUUCUUUUCCUCUCGCCCUCAUAGCCCUCUCAUAGACAUGGUUUAUAAAGUUGCUGACAUUUCCCUCGCCGCCUUUGGCCGUAAGGAAAUUGAGAUCGCAGAGAAUGAGAUGCCCGGUCUCAUUUAUUUGCGUAAUAAGUAUGGACCGUCGCAACCCCUCAGGGGUGCCAGAAUUGCUGGCUGCUUGCACAUGACGAUUCAAACAGCCGUUUUGAUCGAGACCCUGACUGCUCUUGGCGCUGAAGUCGCAUGGUCAUCCUGCAACAUAUUCUCUACACAAGACCAUGCCGCGGCUGGGAUCGCUGCAACUGGUGUCCCAGUGUUUGCCUGGAAGGGCGAAACCGAGGAAGAAUACACCUGGUGCAUCGAGCAAACUCUUUCUGCUUUCCCUGGAAACCAGCCGUUGAACAUGAUUCUCGAUGAUGGCGGUGAUUUAACCAACCUCGUUCAUGAGAAGUAUCCUCAGUUCCUCCAAGGCAUCAAGGGUAUCUCGGAGGAGACUACCACUGGUGUUCAUCAUCUCUACAAAGCAUUCCGUCAAGGGAAGCUUAAGGUCCCCGCUAUCAACGUCAAUGACUCCGUCACUAAGUCGAAGUUCGACAACCUUUACGGGUGCCGUGAAUCAUUGGUGGAUGGUAUCAAGCGUGCGACGGACGUCAUGUUGGCCGGGAAGGUUGCGGUCGUCGCCGGUUUCGGUGAUGUAGGCAAAGGCUGUGCGGAAUCACUGCGCUCCUAUGGUGCCCGUGUCAUCAUCACAGAGGUCGAUCCCAUCAAUGCGCUGCAGGCAGCGAUGGCAGGUUAUGAAGUGACUUCCAUGGAAGAUGCUGCCCCUCGUUCCAACAUUUUCGUUACAACCACUGGUUGCAGGGACAUCAUUACUGGGGCGCAUUUUAACGUCAUGCCGGAGGAUGCUAUUGUCUCCAACAUUGGCCACUUCGACAUUGAAGUCGACGUCGCUUGGCUGAAGCAGAACGCCAAGUCGGUUGUCAAUGUAAAGCCACAAGUGGAUCGCUAUACUAUGCCCAACGGCCGUCACAUUAUUCUCCUUGCUGAGGGACGCCUAGUUAACCUUGGUUGUGCUACCGGUCACCCAUCUUUUGUGAUGUCGUGUUCGUUUACCAACCAGGUUCUUGCCCAAAUCGCUCUCUGGACACGCAACCAGGAUUUCCCGCUCGGCAUUCACAUACUUCCCAAAGAGUUAGAUGAGGAAGUUGCCAGGGCUCAUCUGGCUAAACUUAAUGUGAAGCUCACAACUCUGACCGAUGCUCAAUCGAAAUACCUCGACGUCCCGAUUAAUGGACCUUACAAGGCCCAUCACUACCGCUAUUAAGCGUAUAUUUGUUAUGUUAGGCCUCAACGUGCCUAUCUCUCCCGCUCCCUCAUCUGUAGUUCAACACCGUCCAUCCCCAGUUGUAGCCACUGUAACGGGUUCAACUCUCCGUGUAUUUGCGUGAUUUUUCAUCGUUAGUUUCACUCUUUCCAUCC